AUUGUAACAAUGAGAUUCGCUCUUGUACUCGCGGCCCUGGUGGCCACAGUGGCAGCCAUUCCUACGCCCCUCAAGAUUCAUGCUGCCGACCAGGACUUGCUGAAGAAGCAGCUGGACAUAAUCAACCUCUUGGACCAGAUUCUCCAGCCAAUUCCCAACCAGCAGUACCAGCAACUCGGUCUGACCUACGACAUCGAGCAAAACGUCCAGGAAUACACUGAACCCGAACUCGUCAACUACUACCUGACGCUUGUGAAAUUGGGUGAGAUCCAGCCAAAGGGAACUCCCUUCUCAAUCUCCGUGAACACCCUCCGCAAAGAAGUUGCCAUUCUCUCGAGGAUCCUCAUCGGUGCCAAGAACUACGACACCUUCAUCAAGACCGCCGCCUGGGCUCGCGUCACCGUCAACGAGGAGCAAUUCGUCAAGGCCUUGAUCGCCGCUAUCCUCGUCCGCCCGGACACCCAGGGAAUCGUACCACCAGCACUCUACGAGAUCUUGCCCCAGCACUACAUCGACAACAGAGUCAUCAAACAGGCACAAAACGUCGUGAACAACCCACUCACUAAACAGACUGUCGUCAUCAAUGUCAAUUACACUGACUCCCUGCCAACGGCUGAGCAAUACCUGAGCUAUUUCACCCAUGACAUCGGUCUCUCCCUGUACAACGCCUACCUUGGUCUCGGUGGAUUGAUAACCCCAGAACAGAAAAUCCACGGCGUCCAGGAUGAGACCACCCAAGUUCACAUCGGACGUGGUUCAAUCUACUACUACCUCCACCGUCAGCUCCUCGGUCACUACAACCUCGCCCGCUACUCGAACUCCCUCGGCCCAAUCAAGGACCUGAACCUCGAGCAGCCAGACAUCUCCUACCAUCCCCACCUUAUGCACAUCAACGGCCUCCCCUACCCCGGACGCAGCAGCUACCUCGACCUCCUGCCCAAGCACCACAAGCUCAUCAAGAAGGUCCAGACACUCGAGAAGAGGCUCAUGCAAGCAAUUGACUCUGGCCACGUAAUCACCCCCGGGCAGUCCUUCCUCUCCCUCUACCAGCCCCAGGGUCUCAACAUCCUCGGAGACUUGAUCGAAGGUGUCGGCAAGAGCGUCAACCCAAGGUACUACGGUAGCCUCCAGGCCGCAGCUCGUCAACUCCUCGGCAACGUGCCCGACUUCCUCAGCAUCUGGGACUACACCCCAUCAGUCCUCGACCAGUACGAGACCGCUGUCCGCGACCCCGUCUUCUUCUCCCUCUGCAAAUACAUCAUAAACCUCUUCAACCACUACCAGAACGGUCUCCCAGCAUGGCAAUACAACGACAUCGUUCUCCCCACAGUUAAGAUCGAGGAGGUAGUCUUCCCCGACCUUGUAACCUACUUCGAGCAGUACCAGAUCAGCCUGAACAACGCUGUCAACCAGCCCCAAACGGUCGAGCAACAGAACGUCCACAUCAAGGCUCAAGUGGCAAGACUGAACCACAAGCCCUACGAGUACAAGAUCGUGGUUACCGCUGAGCAGCCAAUCCAGAACGCAGUAGUCCGCGUCUACCUUGGGCCGAAAUUCGACCACAACGGCAAGAUCGUCGACAUCAACACCCACCGCCAGUCCUUCGUUGAGCUCGACCAGUUUGUUCACCAGCUACAGCAGGGCCAGAACGUCAUCGUCAGGGACUCCCAGCACGCCCCCCACCUCAGCUACGACUACCCAUCCAUCAGCAGCCUGAAGGUUCACCUCGAGAGCGCAAUCCGCAGCCAGAACCCCUACUACGUCCACGAGCCCCACCAGAUCUUCGGAUUCCCAGCCAGGCUCUCCAUCCCCAAGGGACAGUACGGCGGUCUUCCACUCCAGGUCUUGGUGGUCAUCCACACUGUUGAGCCCACCCAAAUCACGUACGGACCUGUCGUCACACCUGACUUGACGAACUACCAGAUCAUAAACUACAAGGUUGUCAGUGUCAAUGAGUACCCACAGGUGAUCCAGGGGCAAGUGAACGUCGGCACCCAGCAGACAGUCGAUGUUGUGCCCGUCCAGACCUCUCAGGCUGGAUUAACCGGACAACAGGUUGAGAAGCUGAAGUACUACUACGGAAACUAUCUCUACAAGAAGUACCCCACGAGCUUCCCCUUCCCCGCCAUGAUCCACAAGCACCAGGUGGGAGUAAUUCCCAGUGAACAGGUUCAGUUCUAUGGACAACAGCUGCCCCAGGUCAUCGGACAGAUGCCAUACACUCACACCGUCCAGGGCGUGCAUCAGGGCGUUCUCCACAAGGGUGUCCAGGGUGGAAUCCUCGGACAGGGUGUCCAGGGUGGAAUCCUCGGACAGGGUGUCCAGGGUGGAAUCCUCGGACAGGGUGUCCAGGGUGUCCAGGGUGGAAUCCUCGGACAGGGUGUCCCGGUAGGAAUACUUGGACAAGGUGUCCACACCGUCUACCCAGGAGUUCAAGGAGUCGAAGGAGUCCAGGGAGUCUACCAGCAGGAGAUCAUCCAGAAUGUUGAGGGUGUCUACAGCCACCACCAGCACAACGUCGAAUACCUGAAGAAAUACUAUCAGGGAAAACACAUCAGCACCGUUAUCGGUGGCGCUGUGUCCCUUGACAACAAGCCCUUGGGGUGGCCCUUGGACAGACCACUCGCCAAGAGCGCUCUCUUCGCACCCAACAUCUACGUCACAGGUGUCAUGGUUUACCACGUAGACCAAGUAGAAACUUCCUACAUGCAAUAAGCUCUUAUUGAGUGAUUAAUUAUUUUUCUCUUCACUGAUUUCUUUAAUACUAUUUUUUUAAUAAUGGGGCUACAGAUGUUGAAAUAUUGAAACUAAUAAAUUCUCUUGAACGCAA